AUGGACAGCGAAUGGUUUCGAGGACAAGUGGUCUUCCUCACCGGAGCAACUGGAAAUCUUGGCGGUUGCCUUUUAUACAAGCUAACGAUUCAGCUUCCAACUGCCAAAAUAUUCGUGCUAGUGCGGGGGUCCGUCCAAAAGGCAAUCAAAGCAUGGGAGCAGUCGAUGCCAGAGCAAUUGGAGGAGAUUAUAGCCACUUGCAAAGUCCAAUUCUUCCUCGGUGACGUGACCCAGCCGAACCUCGGUCUCUUACCCGACAACCUAUCGCGCCUACAAAAUGAGGCCACGGUAGUAAUCAACGCUGCUGGAGACAUUGCUUUAUCUCGAGAUCUCGCAGAGACUAUACCAAUCAAUUGCACUGCUCAUCUGACACUGGCUGCUCUACUAGACAGUUUCACUCAGUUGCAGCGCUUCCUUCACAUAUCAACUACAUAUGUCUCUAGCUUCCUCCCCGACGGCGUGGUCAAGGAACAAGUCUAUCCUCUAUACGAAGACCCAGUGGAGGAACUAGGGAGGAUUCUCGUCACAGGAAAAUCAUCUUAUACGAAACAAUUCGCGGCUCCCUAUGCGUUGGCUAAACACCUCGCUGAAUGUUUGCUUCUGAGUGGCGGCCACAAAUUCCCCAUCCUCAUUGUGCGACCCUGCCUCAUAUCACCAGCUAUUGCGGAGCCCUACUCACUCUACGGCAGCGAUGGUGCCAUACCCGUACAUUCCUUUCUCCAGAUACUCCUAGGAGAUUCCGAAUAUGGGCCUCUGAAGCUCGAGCAGACACUACCUUCACAUGCAGCCUGUAAUGAGAUCCCAGUUGACCUCGUGGCACGCACUUGUCUUGCUCAUGUUGCUGAAGGAACGACAGGUGUGGUCCACGCCAGCGCCGACCUGUACGUUUCCUGGUCAAUUGGAGAAUUGCUCGAGCGGAUGCGCCGUCACGCUCCAGAGGGAGCAGUCGACCAGGUACGAAAGGCCGGGAUUGAACACGGAGAAGUCACGGCUCCUGAAUUUUACACCAUGAUCCAACAGUUUGCACGGGACUGGAAAAUUGAAUGCAUGCGAUCUGCUCACCUGAAGCAGGUAGUGGGUCCAUUGGGGCUUGGGCUCGGAGAUCAUGACCCAGAGAUAUUCUUUAAGCUUCGUAUCGAGCGAUUGGCGAAGACUCUUUUGGAAAGGCUGGAAAGUGCGAUUGUGGCAAGCAACAAGGUAUAUCCGAAUAUCUCUUAA